AUGGCCUCAUCAGCAAAGCCUUCCCCAAUUCCCAAGCAAAGCGUGGGCCCAGACUAUCGUCCUGAGAAGCAGAAACCUACAGCAACAGUUUCGACAGAGGUCCCAUUCGAGAAUGUGCACACGUUGUCACAGACCCCGCAGCUCAUUGCUCUUCUAACCAUGAUCAGAGACAAGAAUACCGACCGGGCGGAUUUCAUAUUCUACUCCAACCGCAUCAUUAGACUGCUUGUUGAGGAGGGUCUCAACCACCUUCCAGUCGUGGAGCAUGCCAUCACAACUCCUGUUGGCCGUAACUAUGCUGGUGUCAUGUUCCAGGGUAAAAUUUGUGGCGUAUCCAUCAUGAGAGCUGGAGAGGCUAUGGAACAGGGACUGCGUGACUGCUGCCGUUCUGUGAGAAUUGGAAAGAUCUUGAUCCAGCGCGAUGAAGAAACGUGUAUGCCAAAGCUCUUCUACGACAAGCUUCCUGAAGACAUUGCCGAUCGAUGGUGCUUGCUUUUGGAUCCAAUGUUUGCUACAGGAGGCUCGGCCAUCAUGGCUGUUGAUGUGUUGAAGUCUCGUGGUGUACCCGAGAACCGGAUUCUGUUUUUGAACCUCAUUGCCAGUCCACAAGGCAUUGAGAAUUUUGCUAAGAAGUUCCCCGAACUAAGAGUUGUCACAGCAUUUAUAGACCAAGGACUCGACGAAAAGAACUAUAUUGUUCCAGGCCUGGGUGACUUUGGGGAUAGGUUCUACACUAUGUAG